AUGGCAACAUUCCAGUCAUAUCCAGUGCCUCCGCCGCACUAUGCACGAUACAGUUAUCCUGAGACUCCACCCCCGACUGGAUCGUACGGAUACUACUCCCCACGAAACUACGCCUACGCUUCGACCCCCUCCAAGGGCCACACACGAAGAGCCACGGGCGACGGCACCACCUUCACCUACACCUACACCAACUCGACGCCGCGCAAGCAGCCGCAAUACUCCCCAGAGUACACUUACUACACCUCCGGGCAAUCCACGCCUCAGCGCAAGGCCGACUAUGUAAGUGGCUCUGAACGCAAGCGCGAAAGCACGCGGUCGUACCGUGUGUCGACGGACAGCACCAAGCAUCGCAAGUCGUCCGGCACCAAGUACUAUUCGUCUCGCACGGAUCAAGACUACUACAACGACCGCUCGUAUGAUGAACUGCCGCGCUACACUCCACGCGAGCAGCCAUCACCGCCGCCGUACCAGCGACACCACAAAAGCUACUACGACCCGGGAGCACGAGCUGAUCAACAUUCUCGUCCUCAGGUUCACAUCUACACCACCGCCGACUCCAGCAGCAAGCCCUCUCGCCAGCGACGAGCGUCCUACACCACCAAAUCCACCAAGCCGACCAACCCGCCACCUCGCUCCCGUCCCAGCACAGCCACCCAGCCGCCGCCCAAGGCAACCGAAGCGGAUGCACGUCGUGCCGGCAUCCCUGCCGGUUACUCAUACAAGAACUGGGAUCCCACAGAAGAGCCAAUCCUGUUGCUAGGAAGCGUGUUCGAUGCCAACUCACUUGGCAAGUGGAUCUAUGACUGGACAGUCUUCUUCUAUGGCCCGGGGACCCCGAUGUCAGAAGUCGCCGGUGAACUCUGGCUGUUACUCAUCCAGCUGGCGCACAAGGUCAAGCGAGCCGAGGACUGCAUGCCGCGCAUCCGGUCAACAACAUCGCGCGAUCUCGUCGACGACUUCCUCGAAUCCGGUGAGAGGCUGUGGCAGCGCUUCAACAAGCUGUUGAAGAUUUGCGAGAAUUACAUGUGGAAGGCCGCGAAGAAGGAGAGCGGCAAUGCGAGGAACGUCACCAUGGGCAAGAACAGCGGCUGCGAGUUCGUCGACGCCAUCUUCGGUCGCGACCGCGAGUUGGAGCGCACGGAGAAGCUGAUGACGGGGAUGCGGCUGUGGAGCAUGCGGUUCGACGCCAACUGCGAGGAGAUCCUUCGCAAUCCUACCGCGUAG